UUCUUUACGGGAAUCGAACAUCCCUAACUAACGGGAGCGGCAGUUCGAUUUUACGGCUUGCGUGCGAACCGAGCCGCCGGUGCCGCGCUGUUUCCGCGUUGCUACGAGCGGAGUCCUCUGAUUCGUUCCCGAAAAUAGAGACGAGUGGUGGUGAAUGUUGACUAAAACGACGAUCGAGAAACCGGCGCGGAGAGCAACGCGAGCCACGUCGACCGCUUGACUCAUCGACGUCGACAGGACCCGGGGCACGGAUUCGAUCAUCGUUCGCAACGAGCUUCGACGUUGUGCGUGACGAACGACGCCGGGGGAAACGUAUGGGAAAAGUACACGGCCGCCAGUCUUAACCCGUAAAUAGCCGGUUUCGUAAUUCCCGUCACGUGGAGCCGAUAACCCUUAAGUGUCGUUGUGUAUACGUUCCUGCGCCGUAAACUUUUCCAACGUCGCGCGAAUCCUAGACGGAGAGAGCAACGACGACGACGUGAAACGCCGCGCGAGAGGCGACGCGACGCGUCCUCGAGGGAAACCAGGAGGGAACGGUCGAAGGAAGACGUUCGAGGAGGAGCCUAAUGUUUCUCAACGACAUGGGGCUGUUAAUGUUCUUAGCAGUAACGGCGUCCCUUUUGGGCUACUGCCAAACGGAUGAAAAAGUGUCAUUUUACGGGGCCAGCUACAUUCAUCUUCCGGUCCAGGAAGCCAAGGGUGCGACCGACAUCAGCUUCCGGUUCCGAACCCAUCUCGCGGACGCGAUGCUGCUAUUGGCCGCUGGCAAGACGGAUUACUGCCUGAUCAAACUCGAAGCCGGCAGAUUGAAGGUUCACAUCAAUCUGGGCGCAGGUGAGAGCGAGAUGGCCAGCACCCGCGGGCUGACCCUGAACGACCUGAGCUGGCACGAGGUCAACCUGACCAGACGGGACGCUAACAUCACGCUGCAGAUCGACGUAAUACACGCGACGAGAGCACUUCUGCCUGGACAUUUCUUUGAGCUCAACAUACACUACGGCGUCUUCAUCGGUGGGCAGGGUGACUUCAACGAGCUAUUUCUAGGUCACACGGAUUACUUGCGGGGCUGCAUGGCCGACAUAAUCUACAACGGCGCCAGAGUAAUAGAACACGCCAAGUCGAGGAAGGGCCAGUCGGAGGCCACGGCUGUAACGUGGGGCUGCUCGCCGGAAUUCGACGCCACCAGGAGCACGGAAGUCAGCUUCGUGGAGGACGGCGCGUUCACGGCGAUCCCGAGGCCCAUUCCGCGCUCAGGCUCGAGAUGGGAGUUCGAGCUGAAGACCGGAGCUGAGACCGGUCUGCUUCUCUACAACACCGGGCAAUCAUCGUACGCCGAUUACCUCGGGAUCGAGUUGUUCGAGGGUAAAAUUCGUCUUCUGAUGAACAAAGGGAACGGACCGACGGAGUUGAUACACGGCACGCCGGUGGCGGACGGCAAAUGGCAUCGCGUGGUCGUUGAUUUCAAUCCGAGCGGAAUCGGGAUCGCCGUGGACCGACAGGAAAAAACGAUCACGUUGCCGUCGGGCGGAAAUCGUUACCUCGACUUGGCGGACACCCUCUACGUGGGCGGCACGGAGCUGAACAAACGCGCCAAAGCGUUAGGGAAAGGCCUCAAGUCCGGGGACGUCAGCUACAAGGGUUGCCUGCGAAACAUGCUGCUGGACAACAAGAAACUCGGUCUGCCCGACGUCAAGAUCAGCCAGGGCAUCGUGGUCGGCUGUGUUUGGGGAUAUCCGUGCAUCGAGGCUGUGCCCUGCGUUUCUGCCGCAAUUUGCUCCCAGCUGGGCGUUAGCUCGUUCAAGUGCGACUGCGACCAACCGUUGUGCAUCGAGCCGAACUACGUCGCGGAUUACAAGGUUUAUUCGAAGAUGAAUUUACCCGUGAACCUGGAGAUCCUCUCGCUGAGUCCUCUGGUGGUAUCCGAGGGGAAACACGUACUGGUGACGAGUGAUAACAUUGCCAUGGUGUUAGACAUCGCUAAAUACGGGGUGGAAGAGGACGGUGUUAUCUUCACCUUGGUAACGCCGCCCACCUAUGGAACCUUAGUCCUGAAUCUCUUGACGACCAGAACCGAGCAUUCCUUCACUCUCCAAGACGUUAAUCGCGAUAAGGUAAAUACACUUCCACCGAACCACGUGGAGUCCUUCAAAUUCGCUAAAAACAAUACCAUGGUAUAUGGCUGACGUCUUGCGAGUGCGUUCGCUUUAAAACGAAAUUCAUUCUACGUCGAAAAUUGAAAGCGAAUUCAUUCUUCGAUCGCGAACGCUGAUAUUCGUUACUUAACGAAAUUAAUACCGACGAUUA